ACGUGAGGUAUAUUGACUACUACUCGUGCUGUUUCUCUUUUUGCUCCAUUAGAUGCAAUUAUAGUUCUUACUAUUUUUUCAACAACUUACGUCGUAAAUCGCAGUCAUAUGAAAAAUAAAAAAUCGGGAUCCCUUGACGUUGCUUCGUUCAUUUAACUAGAGAAAUUAUUACACAAUAAUGGGAAAUGCUGGGAGUAAUCAAACAGUCAGUCAUAGCCAUAAUCCAAGCAAAGAUCGUCAUGGUAAAGAACAUGCACCAUCUUCUCCAGGAAAGGAAGGUCAGGCAUUCGUAUUUGACAAAAAGCCUGAUCAAAAGCUAGUCUUCCAAUCAUCUCAAGAAGAAGAAGAGCCUUAUUAUACUAAAGAUAGAAAUAACUUUGGUGGACCACGUCCAAGAUCUAAUACAGUAUCUGAAGGAACGAAAGUUACCGAUAGCAAAGUAUUGCCUACUGUUUUUAAAUGGGAAGGCGGCGGCAAGCAAGUAUAUAUUAGUGGAACGUUCACAGGAUGGAAAACGCUGCCUAUGGUAAAAAGCCAUGGCGAUUUUGUUACUAUUAUUGAUCUACCAGAAGGAGAACAUCAGUACAAAUUCUACGUCGAUGGAGAAUGGAGGCAUGACCCUGGUUUGAAAAUAGUUGACAAUGGUAUGGGUUCUAAAAACAAUUUAGUAGCUGUAAGAAAAUCAGAUUUUGAAGUUUUCCAAGCACUUGCUAAAGAUAGCGAGGGUGUUUCGAGCAGCAUUCAAACUGAAUAUGGUCAAGAAAUACCACCUCAUAAACCAUGGGAAAAAGUAGUUGGACCCCCAAUCUUACCACCACAUUUGUUGCAAGUUAUUCUUAAUAAAGAUACACCAUUAUCAAAUUUUUUCAGUGCGAGCCAACUCUUUUACCUGAACCAAAUCAUGUAAUGUUAAAUCAUCUAUAUGCUUUAAGUAUUAAAGACAGUGUAAUGGUUUUAUCAGCUACGCAUCGCUAUCGAAAAAAAUAUGUAACUACCCUCCUAUAUAAACCAAUUUAAUGAUUUA